AUGAGUGAGAACAGCCACUUUCCAUGGUCUGCUGCAGACCGCCAAGAGCUGCAUUCCUCGGGCUCACAGCCGGCUGUGCUGGCCUGCAGCGAUGGGGACGAACAGCUCAGCCAGCCUCCAGAGCCUGCCAGCAGGAGAGCCAGCCCCCAGGACAAUGCUCAACCCUCCCGAGGAGUGGAGGGGGAGCGCGGGGGCCAGGGGGACAAACAUCUGGAAGCAACAGCAGAGCUGGAUGAGAGACAGGGUGAGCAGGGACCGGGGACAGAUGCCGCCAGCAAGAGCGGCCGUAAGGACAGGCCGGUGCUGGCGAACGGUGUGGAUGCAGAGCUGGCCGCGGGGCGGGAACAGAUGCCGCUGCAGCAGCGGGACGGCAGUGUGCCCAGCCAAAGCAGCACGGAUUCGGGGGAGAGGGGGUCCCCCACCCAGGAGAUACCUAGCAAGGCCCUCAGCAAGGAGAGGUGUCAAGGCAUCCUGGACUCUUCAGAAGCUCUAAGUGCCGACAAGACAGAGGAGCAGCUUGGGUUUGCUUCUGGAGAUGCCAAGCUGAGCUGCACUGAGGAUGACAAGGAACAUUUUCCAUUCAAAGACAUCAGGGAUGGGUUCAGCUCGACCUUUGAGAAGAUCGUUGAGUCUGACCUUAUGAAGGGUACAUACUACAGCAGCUUGGACUCUUUGGACGUCCUCUCUCUCACAGACGAGACAGACAGCUGUGUUAGUUUUGAAGCCCCGCUCACCCCAUUGAUCCAGCAAAGGGUCAAGGAAAGCCCAGAGCUCUUGGAGCAGAAACUGGUAGCCCAGCAGAGAGAAGCCCUUCACCACAUGGCUGCUGAUAAGCAAGAGCAGGCAGCAGCAAAGCUAGCGGAGGGGGAUUUUGGGAGCCCUCUCAGGCACUCAAUUACCAGCAGCAGGUCAGAGAAUGUGUUGAGCCGGUUGUCCUUGAAGAGUAUCCCGAAUGGGUUCCACGUGGAAGAGUCAGAGGAAGAUGCCACCAAGAUCAUUAACUCCAUCAGUGAUGCCAGCUUGAAAGAUGCACUGUCAGACUCUGACUCUGACAUGGGCAGCACAGAGCAGCUUGAUCAGGGCAGCACGGACACCUUGGCGAAUGGCUGCAGGGCAGAUAGCGAGGCUGCCAAGAGGCUGGCCAAGCGCCUCUACAACCUCGAAGGGUUCAAGCGCUGCGAUGUGGCACGCCAGCUCGGGAAAAAUAACGAAUUUAGCAAGUUGGUAGCAGAGGAGUAUCUCAGCUUCUUUGACUUCACUGGCCUGACACUUGACAAAGCACUCAGGACAUUCUUAAAAGCGUUCCCACUGAUGGGAGAGACGCAGGAGAGGGAGCGGGUGCUGAUUCAUUUCUCCCGGCGAUACUGCCAGUGCAACCCAGAGGAGAGCACGUCUGAAGAUGGGAUUCAUACGCUCACCUGCGCCCUGAUGCUGCUAAACACAGACCUUCAUGGCCAUAAUAUUGGCAAAAAGAUGUCGUGUCAACAGUUCAUAGCAAACCUGGAUGGGCUGAAUGAUGGGAAGGACUUUGCAAAGGACUUGCUGAAGACACUAUAUAACUCCAUCAAGAAUGAGAAGCUGGAGUGGGCCAUUGAUGAGGACGAGUUGAGGAAAUCACUCUCGGAGCUGGUAGAUGACAAAUUUGGAGCCAGCGCGAAGAAAGUGACAAGGAUUGUUGACAGCAGCAACCCCUUCCUGGACAUACCCCAAGCGCUGAACGCAGUCACCUACAAGCAUGGUGUCCUCACGCGUAAAACCCAUGCAGACAUGGAUGGGAAGAGAACUCCCAGAGGAAGAAGAGGUUGGAAGAAAUUUUAUGCUGUGCUUAAAGGGACCGUCCUUUAUUUACAAAAGGAUGAAUAUAAACCUGACAAAGACCUCUCUGAAGUGGAUCUGAAAAAUGCCAUCCGUGUGCACCACGCCUUAGCCACGAAAGCCUCUGACUACAGCAAGAAGUCCAACGUGCUCAAGCUGAAGACAGCUGACUGGAGAGUCUUCCUCUUCCAGGCCCCAAGUAAGGAAGAAAUGCUCUCCUGGAUCCUGCGAAUCAACCUUGUUGCUGCCGUUUUCUCUGCCCCAGCCUUCCCAGCUGCAAUCUGCUCCAUGAAGAAGUUCUGCCGCCCACUCCUGCCUUCGUCCAUGACCAAGCUGUGCCAGGAGGAACAGCUGAAGUCUCAUGAAAAUAAAAUGAAGCAGAUUGCAGACGAAUUAGCAGAGCAUAAAUUACAUCCUGUAGAGAAGAGCCUCAAGUCAAAAGAGGCUGAGGAAUACAGACUCAAAGAACAUUACCUAAUAUUUGAGAAGAGCCGCUAUGAGACAUACAUCAACCUGCUGUGCAUGAAGAUAAAAGUUGGGACAGAUGACCUGGAGAGAAUUGAAAGCAGCUUCUUCAAGGUGGAAGCUGACGACAUUGCUUUGCGGAAGACACAUUCAAGCCCUUCCUUGAGCCAAGGGCACAUGUCCAUCAGCUGUAAGGCAGAAAAGGACAUUUUAGAGCAGAACACUUAA